AUGAACCCCAAGGACGCGAUCGGGUCGUACCUGUCGUCGCUCCGCGGCGACCGCAAGCUCGUGGAGAAGAUCGACGAAGGCGUUCCGUUCUUCGUGCCGCAGCUCUCGAAGGUCAAGACGUCGGCCAUGUGCACCAACAAGAAGCAGACGCACCUCCUCUUUGGCUACGAAACACUCAAGCACUCGUUCGACGAGUCGUACCGCAAGCAGGGCAACCCGUCGCUGUACACGGCCGAGAAAAUCGAGCAGCGCCAGCGUCUCCAGAACAACCGCCAGAUCCAAGCCUGCCUGUGUCGGUUCUGGGACACGUUUACGAGCGUGCGCCUCGGAAAAACCACCAUCGACGAACCAGAGUACUGCGACGUCUUUGUCAAGCUCUUUAAAGCGCUCGUGCCUCCCCAAGAGUUUGCUGUCGCAGAAGCCCGCAAGAUUGUCGAGAAGGACUGGGCGCGGGACGUGGGCGCGGCCAGCGAAGCCAUGACCAAAGCCAUGUUUUAUCGGUCGCUCUUUGAAGUGGCGGACAUUUGGACGACCGAGAUUGGUGUCGACGAGUACGUGACGUUCUUGACCAAGCUCUUUGAACGCGUGACGAUGACGGUAUUCGACCAAGAGAAGGCGUUGUGGCUCACCAAGUUUGCCGACCUCGACGUGAUCAAGUCGAGCUGGGACGAGAACCAAGCAGUGGUCGCGGCACCCAGCGAGGCCAUUUCGCCCAAGCGCCAAGCCGAAAUCACGCGCCUUCGAAAGAAAGCGCACACGCUGAGCUCGAUUCCCCUCCACGACGAGAAGAAAAGUGACCUCCCAAGUGUCGUGACGAGUCCCGAACGCCAGCGCUCGUUUCGGCAGCGCAAGAGUGACCGCCGACUGCCGAUUGACGCGCCGUCGUCACCGAUUCUCGCCACCGACCCGACGCCGGAAGCCAGCGACGUGGACGCGCCAAAGAGCAGCCCGACGCGCGCGCCAUUUGCAUCGCCGCGCAAGCCGCCGAAAGGGUAUCAUGACGGCAGCGGCCAAAAUGUCGAGCAAGUCCGAGUGGCGAUGCCAAGCAUCUACCUCUCACCCGACCUCGAGGUUCAAAAAGAAGACGUGUCGGCCGUGAAGCGCCGGCAGCGAGAAAGCGCCAAGCUCGCCAACCGCCUGCGAAGGACAACCUACUAA